AUGAGGUCCAUCGAAGAUACUACCCUCGAUACCGUUCACACGACCUUGGCCUUCCGACUUGAUCCAGCCCUCGGUGGCUGUGACCUUCACGAGGUCGGAAACCCGCAAAUACCGAAACGCGACAUCCAAGAUUCCGAAGUCCUCGAUCUUGAUCUCCAAGACGACGAAGCAGUCUCUUCGAAGUAUUACGAGGAGGUCUCCAGUCUCGUGAAGACGAUGACGGGAGCCAGCUUUGCUCAUUGCUACAUGCACUUCCUUCGGGCCUCGAAUUACGCUAGUCGGCCAACGCCCGACAAUUUCAUCAUUCCCCCCGCACAUGUCCUCCAUGUCGACUACAGUUACAACGACGCCCCGGACUAUAUAAGCACCUUGCCAGAGCAACCUCCAGACUGGGAACGUCUCGCUCGAUCCCGCUGGGCAAUCUUCAGCUGCUGGCGACCGGUGACCAAAGUCACCCGUGAUGCACUUUGCCUUGGAGACAAGAGGACUAUCCCAGACAGUGACUUGAUAGAUGGCAGUACUGAUAUGCCCGUGCAUGGUCGGCAAAGGAGGACGGGUUUGUUUACGGUCAACCACAACCCUGCGCACAGGUACUACUACAAGAAAGAGAUGGGACCAGAGGAUGUGCUUUGGAUCAAGCUUUACGACAGUAAGACUGAUGGAAGAGCGAGGUGUUCGCCACAUUCGGCAUUUACUACGGCUAGUGACUAUGGUGAGGCCAGACAGAGUAUUGAGACCAGAUGCAUAGUUGUAUGGGAGGACGAGUCCUUGCACUAA